CUGUUUAACGUUACUCUGUACCUCUAAAAACCAAAUAUCAGCUGUCGUGGACAGGUCUGUGUAAUCUUUACAGAUUUACUUUUUGACUUCCUUUUCCGAUGACCUUCUCCCUUCCAUUUUAAAUACUGACACAUCGUUGCUUCUGGCUCGUUAUUUCUGGUGUACUUGCUAACUGGCUAACUAGCUAACCAUUAGUUGGCCAGCAGUAGCAAGUAAUCGCCUCUGUUGGUUGCUGCGGUUUUUUCCCCACAAUUCAUAUGUUUUAGCGAUGAUUAAAAUCACGGUACAGAUAGCAGGACUUCUAGUUUUGCUGUGGUUACUCGCUGGAGACUUUGUUUUGGGAUGGUUUCACAACACUCAGCGUAAAACGCAGCAGAACGAACAGUUCCUCGCAGGAGAUUCAGAGGGAGAAGACCAAAGCUGUUUUUGUCAUCUGACAGGUGUCUUGGAUGACUGCUUUUGUGACAUAGAGAGUAUUGAUGUCUUCAACAACUUCAAAAUUUACCCAAGCAUCCAAAAGCUCACUGACAGAGACUUUUUCAGAUAUUAUAAGGUCAAUUUAAAGCGUCCCUGUCCCUUCUGGCCUGACGACGGCCACUGCUCCAUCAAAGACUGCCAUGUGGAGCCCUGUCCAGAGAGCAAGAUUCCAGUGGGAAUUAAAUCUGGUAAUUAUAAUAAGUACUCUCUCGCAGCUAAUACAAUCAAGGACAUGGAGGAGUGUGAACAAGCCCAUGAACUGGGGGCCAUCAACAGUACUUUAAGUAACCAGAGUAAAGAGGCGUUUGAAGACUGGGCCCGUCACGAUGACGCACAGGAUCACUUCUGUGAACUCGACGACGAGACGUCUCCUGAUGCCGAAUACGUCGAUCUUCUUCUCAACCCUGAGCGCUACACUGGAUAUAAAGGCCCUUCAGCCUGGAGAGUGUGGAAUAGCAUUUAUGAAGAGAACUGUUUCAAGCCCAGAUCAGUGUAUCGGCCUCUCAACCCGCUGGCACCAAGUCGUGGUGAUGACGACGGGGAGGCUUUUUACAACUGGCUGGAAGGGCUGUGUCUUGAGAAACGUGUUUUCUAUCGGCUCAUUUCUGGCCUGCACAGCAGCAUCAACAUCCACCUGUGUGCUGAGUAUCUCCUGGAUGAGGGUUGGGGUAAACCUGUGUGGGGUCCUAACGUAAACGAAUUUCGGCAUCGCUUUGACCCAGCUGAGACCAAAGGCGAGGGCACACGGCGGCUGAAGAACCUCUACUUCCUCUACCUGAUAGAACUGCGGGCACUGUCUAAAGUGGCGUCGUACUUUGAGCGGGCCAUCGUCAACCUGUACACAGGAAACGCCCAGGAAGACUCAGUCACCAAGGAUUUACUGAUGCAGAUCCUAAAUGAAGCCAAGAAUUUCCCUAUGCACUUUGAUGAACGUUCCAUGUUUGCAGGGCACAAAAUAGAGGCCAAAACUCUGAAGGAGGAGUUCCGACUCCAUUUCAAGAACAUCUCUCGGAUCAUGGACUGCGUUGGCUGCAGUAAAUGUCGGCUGUGGGGAAAGUUACAGACCCAAGGCCUGGGCACUGCCCUGAAGAUCCUCUUCUCUGAGAACGAGAUUAAGAACCUUCCAGAACACAGCCCCUCCAAGGGCUUCCAGCUGACACGACAAGAGAUUGUAGCAUUGCUCAAUGGCUUUGGACGCCUUUCUACAAGCAUAAAAGAACUUCAUAAUUUCCGAACUCUCCUGAAAGACCAGAGGUAACAAAUAUCCUUCGGCCACUAGGUGGCGCCAGCCUAAAGGACACUGCAAUAGUCUUAUCCUCUCCAGAAUAAGGCCACUUUCAGGGACUGAAGGGUUGACAUUUGGAAAGCAAAACUUAAGCUUGGUUCUUCAUUCCCCAUGCUGUGUGCCCCCAGAAAUUUUCAUAAGAAAACAAACAAACUAACUAAAAACAUUACCACCAGAAAAUGACCCAAACCCAGCACAGAAUCACACAGGUUUCCAGCUCCUAAUCUCUAGGAGAGUAGAGCUUUGGCAUCAGUCACAUGUGUUUGUAUCAGUGCAAUCUGUGCUGAACUCAGAGUUUGUUAUCUUCUUCCCACAACAUUUUUCUGUCUCUUGCCAUGUCAUUCCUAAGACAAAUACCGCUCAAUGCCUGAGGUCUUGUACCGUUUUUAUUUGGUCUUUAAUUGUUGUUUUUGUUUUGCUUUAUGGGUGUGUGUGGAUGUUGAUGCUUUGUAGCAUAUUUACUUUCAUAGUUUGGACAUGUUGCAGCAUUAUUCCACCCAGGGUCAUUUUGUGUGUGUGUGUGUGCGUAUGUGUGUGUAUGUAUGUGUGUAUGUGAUCAUACUGAUUUCACAGAGCUGCUGAGGUAUGAGAAUCCUGAAAUGGGACAACGUGUAAACAACAUGUACUACAACUGACAGUAUAAACUGAAUAUGAAUAAUAUAUACGGAGCUUAUGGACUCUGUCACUGGCACCUACAAACUUCUUCCUGACAUUUUGGUUUACAUACAUUAGUUAAAUGCUUUGUAAACGCAACAUGAUUUACAUAUCUCAAAGUUCUCAAAGCGGGAAUGCUGACCACAGAUCAGUUUUUGCCUCUCAUAAUCAAUUUUAUGAACUGAGAGGUCUGAUCUCAGAUAAGCACUCUUAAUGUUAGAUGCCUGAUACGUACAUGUUCUGAUCUGACGAGGUCUUUGUGUAAAGCUAAAGUCAUUUUUGUAGGUGUCCUUUGGACCACAAUCAAAAUGAUGUUAUGUCCUCAUUUUGCAAUUCCAGUUUUCCUCUCUUUUAAGUAGUUUGCUGCAACUGACGACCAAUAUAAUAUAGCGUAAUAUAGCUAUGAUAAAACAAGCAUAGGCAACACAAAACAAGCAAUAGGAUUUGUCUGUAUUGGACAAGAUUUACUGUAUUAGACAACAAUUACUGUAUCGGGUCAUGUCACCGCAAUACACAAAAUGUAUUGUUGCUGUCAAGACUCUUAAGGAGAGCAAGCAUCAGCUAAUUUAUUUUCAAUAAAAGCAUGUGCAAAACAGCCCACAUUUUAAAUAACAGAGAGGAAUUACGGCCCACCUUAAUAACACCAGUGUAUUUUGACAGCAUAAUAUAAUGUCUUCGUAGAGUAAUUUAGAUGUGUUUUCAAGUCAAAAGCCCAAUUCAGUAGAACUGUUGCACAUGGCCCAGAUGGCGGUAUACCCUGUCUGAUUUGUCUCAGUCAAAUGAUUAUUCACCGCUGAUACUGCUGUACCAAGGGCAUCUAAAUAUAUUUUAUUGCGUAUUCAAAUUUAAAGUGAUAAAGACCAAAGACUUUUCUGUUUUCUUUUCUGGUGAUAUUGUAUCAUGUCACUCAGUUUUUCAGUUCUGUUUUCUUUCAUUUGUGUUAUUUUAUUUUGCUGUCAUACUGUUACCAUGGUAAUCCCCUGGCAGGCCAUGUGAAUAUAAGCACACACACACCCUCAUCUACUCAGAUCGUAAUGGGAUGUGCAUAGCAUAGCAUAGAUCCAGGAAGAUCAUCAGACUGAACGACAGGGCGUUAGUGGAAGCAUUCGUGACGCUUUUGAUGAAAACGAAAUGGAGCGGAAUAGAAACAAUAGCAGCUGUGUGAGUGUGAGUGAGAAUGUGUGUGUGUGUGUUUGUGCGUGUGCAGGCGUGUGCACGUUUUGUGACGAAUGAGCAUUGCAUGUUAUAAAAAGCAACACACCAUCCUGUGUGUAUUCUACUCGCUUACCUUAUCAGUUCUGAAAUGUUUGAUAAAGAGCUCAAACCUGACUUCUCUGACAAUAAGGAUUGUAAUUAUGUUGUCUCUAGUAAAAGCUAUGCUCAAGGACAGUGAUCUUUCUGCCUUUCAAAUGUGCUCUAACUAUCCAAAUCCUGUACCAUUUGUAAAAGAAAUGAAGAACUUUUUGAAAUCUAUAAAGUUGCACCCUUUAUUGAUGUGUAUACUUGUUGAGCGUAUUUAUUUGAAAACAGAAAUAAAUACAUCUGGUUGUCA